AUGUCCCUAACCUUCACGCAAGGCUUCCUCCUAGGCCAGCUCUCAGUGGUCGUCUUCUUGGGCUGCUUCAUCAAGUUCUUCAUCUUCGGCGAGGCACCGCCUUCUCCACGUUCGCCACGCACCUCUCGCACCUCUCGCCCUCCCAAACACGUCCGGACCACGUCCACGUCCCUCCAUGGCCUCGCGUCCUCCAAAACCCCCGCGCCGCAGUCGGCGUUGAGGACCACGGGCAGCAGCGCCGCCAACAUCCUCCGCCCCGUACCCACCAAUGCCACUGACAUCGCCUCGAUCCUGCGCAAGACUUACUACCAGAUGCCCCCGAGCCGAGGUGGUGGUGGUCACGGGCACGGGCACGGCAAGCAGCACCAGCAGCACUCGACGCAUCAGCCCGAGAGUCUUGACUGGUUCAACGUCCUGCUCGCUCAGACAAUAGCACAGUACCGCCAGACGGUCUACAAUCUGCGGGACGCCUCGGGAAACUCCUCAGCGAUACUAGCAAGCCUCGAGGCGACCAUUAAUGAUCCUGAAAAGAGGCCGUCCUACAUAGACAACAUCAAAAUCACCGAGGUUUCCAUGGGCGAGGAGUUCCCCAUUUUCAGCAAUGUUCGUGUUAUUGCCGUUGAUGACGAUAUGUCAACUGCCACCGGUGGUAGACUGCAAGCUCUGAUGGACGUCGACCUGUCUGACGACAAUCUCACUCUAGCUAUCGAGACCGCGCUCAUCCUCAACUACCCCAAACCCUUUUCUGCUGUGCUGCCAGUCGCUCUCGCUGUCUCGGUCGUAAGGUUCUCGGGCACGCUUUGCAUAAGUUUUGUCCCUGCUACCGAGGACGACCCAUCCAGCGAAAACAAGCAUGCCUCCUCGGGCAAGCCCAAAACCAAUCUCGCCUUUUCAUUCCUCCCCGAUUACCGGCUCGAUCUUUCUGUUCGCAGCUUGAUUGGAUCCCGCACUCGCUUGCAGGACGUGCCAAAGAUUGCCCAGCUGGUGGAAGCUAGAGCACAAGCGUGGUUUGAAGAGAGGGUGGUCGAGCCAAGAGUGCAAGUGGUUCCUUUGCCCGGCCUGUGGCCACGGAUGGGCAAGACCAGGGUGAGGGAAGGCCAGGACGAGGAGCGGCCUUCUACUCAAGAUGACCGCCGGUCGUCUUCAUUCGUUGAUCAUCGCAAAGAGCCGAAGCCAGAAGACCAAUUUCCCUCUCAAGAAGAAACUGAGAGGAUCUUCGAGGGCAUUAGGUGGCGUACUGGUCACCAUCGUUCCGACAGUCAAGUCAUCGAACAUGAAGAUGAUGCCCCAACUCCACAACCCUUGCAAGCUAUGCCCGGGGCUCUUCCAGCUUCAUGA